AUGUCUUGGCUCGGCAGGAAGUUCCCGGCGCCCGUCGCCAAGCCCAUGUGGCCCUUCUACGUCUCCGGUCUCGUCAUCCUUUACGGUGUCAACUCCGCCGCGAACCUGAUGGGUGGAGCCGAGGAGUACAAGAACGACCCGCGCAACCCGGCUGUGAAGAACCAGGCACCAAACCACUAA